GUGCGAUCUGGCUAUGCCAAUGAUCGUUUAUUCAAGGCCAUUAUGGACCACCCCGAGGAUCACCGUAUGUUCCUCGUACAUGACGAGUUGCUUUGGUACAAGCCACACCCAGAAACUGAGGUAUUAUGCAUACCUUUCAAGGUACGUCGUCGACUACUACCUGAAAUUAUCCUCGACGAGGCGCAUACUGCGCUCGGGCAUCUGGGUACCCGACGGACGUCGGACUACGUCCGGCGAUGGUACUGGUGG